AUGCUCGCCGCGGCCACCUCAUGGCUGGUCCUGGGUGCCACGACCCACGCCGUGAGAGUGCACCAGUUCGCCGAGCUGUGCAUCCAGUGGGCCGCAGCCGGGAUCGACAGCCUCGUGCCGCAAUGGUUCGGCGAGUACAUUGAGAUAGUGGAACUCGGGCGCAUGUUUGUCCUUACUUUCCUAUGUGCCGCCGCUUUUUUCGUCCUCCGGCCCACCAUGACGUACCUCGUCUUCCGCCCGCUCUUCUCGAUCAUGUGCCUGACCGCGGACGAGCGCAAGCGCAAGCUCGACGCCGAGCGCACGGAGCUGCAACUCAAGUGGGAGGAGUCGUGCUGGAAGUUCUUCGUGUACCUGUCCUUCUCCGUGGGCGCCUGGCUGGCCUUCAAGGACUCGGACUACGCCUGGGACUGGUCGACCAAGGAGUUUUGGAAGGGCUGCUACGCGCUGCCGUGCCAGCGCGCGCGGCCCACGGGCUCCCUCGCCGCCAUCUACAACGUCGAGUGCGGGUUCUACUUCUACGCCAUCCCGUCCCUCAUGUUCCUCGAGAUGCGGAGAAAGGACUAUUCGGUGAUGAUGACGCACCACUUUUGCACCCUGGGCCUCAUAUUGUUUUCUCACAUCGCCAACGUGCAGCAAGUCGGCGUGGUCAUCAUGUUCUGCCACGACGUCUGCGACGUCGCCAUGGAGCUCGCCAAGCUCCAGAAGUACCGCGGCGGCCCCCCCGUGCCCCUGUUCGUGGUCUUUAUCGUGGUCUGGGUGCUCGCGCGCCUUGUGUACUACCCGCUGUUCCCCGUCUACAGCGUCCUCUUCGUCACGCACCGCGCCCUCGGCCUCACGGAAACGCCGUACCCGGGCUGGCGGCAGUCGGAGCACUGGACGGUCGGGUCGCACCUGUUUGACAUCACGAAGCCCCACUUCCUGCACUUCACCGCCACGUGGCUCUUCUUCUCCGCGCUGCUGCUCGCGCUGCAGGUCAUGCACGUGUACUGGUCGUGGCUGAUCUUCAGGAUCGCGUACAACCAGAUCAUGUACGGGGACGCGGACGACGUCCGCGAGGAGGGGGAUGCGGUGGCCAAGCGACGAAAACAGAAAGCACACGCAGAGGGGAAGAAAACGCGGUGA